AUGGCUCUGCUUCAAGAUGACAGUUAUCGAGCGGAGCUGCUGUCAGAUCUUCAAGCAGACUACACAAAGUUUUUCACAAUGGCAGAGAGAGAGCUGGAAGGGAUAUCAAAGACCAAGCCAGUCGAUCAAUACGUGCGACUACAGAAAAUCGGGCAGGGUACCUUUGGGGAGGUUUUUAAGGUGCGGCAUAAAUCAACAAAACAGCAUUUUGCACUGAAACGAAUUCGGAUGGAACAAGAAAAAGAAGGAUUUCCUAUUACUGCGUUACGAGAAAUACGCAUAUUACAAUCCCUCAAUCAUGAAAAUAUUGUGUGUCUAAAGGAAAUAUGCCAUAGUCCACCGAAUGCUGGUAAUGGAUUCAAACCACAGUUCUAUCUUGUUUUUGAGUUUUGUGAUCAUGAUCUUGCUGGUUUAAGUCAGCAGAUUGAUUUCACUGAACCAGUCAAAAAAGCAAUAAUGAAACAACUACUUACUGGCGUUUUCUACUUGCAUCUAAACAAUGUUCUCCAUCGGGAUUUAAAAGCUGCGAACAUUUUGAUUGAUAAAAACGGCAUUCUUAAAAUAGCAGAUUUUGGUCUGGCUCGAACAACUGUUGCCUCUCUUCGUCCUGAUCGCCCAACACGUUAUACUGGACGAGUUGUUACUUUGUGGUAUCGACCUCCUGAAAUCCUCCUAAAUGACCGCCAUUAUGGAAAGCCUGUAGAUAUGUGGGGUGCUGGUUGUAUUAUGGCUGAAUUAUGGACAAAGUAUCCUAUUAUGCAGGGGGACAACGAAAUUAGUCAGUUGAACCUUAUCAUUAAUCUCUGCGGAUCUAUAACACCUGAAAUAUGGCCAGGUGUAGAACGUUUGGAAACAUUUAGAGAAGCUCGUCUACCUCAGGACAUUAAACGACAUGUUCGAGAGAAAUUGACCCCCAAAAUUUCUUCGCUUGCUGCUGUAGAUCUCAUUGACCAAUUACUUGUCUUAGAUCCCAGCAAACGUCUUGAUGCUGAGCAGGCGCUUUCACAUGACUACUUUUAUGAAGAUCCUCCAGUAGGUGACUUGCGAUCUUUUUCCAAAUCCGGGACAUCUUAUCUGGAAUUCUUGUCGUCAAAUAACGCUCGUGGUCGUAUGUUACAAGGAGGAAAUCGUCCAGGAAUUGUACGUGGUCCAGUUGUCGGGCCUGGGCAGCAAAUGAAUUAUCUUAAUGGGCCUGGCAUCAUGCAUCCUAAUCGUCGUCCACCUAUACCAGAUGACAAUUCGUAUUAUGAGCGUGUUUUUUAG